ACACAUCUUUAUCUCCAUGACAACCGUACAACAGUUAACUUCAUAUCGGUAGUUGACGCUAACUUCUACUUGGGAACUGAGAUUUCAAGAGGAGCGCUCGGCAGUAUUUUACGUUAGAAACGCCAUAAGUUAAUAAUUACAUUUAUAAUAAGAUGGAAAGGAAAUAUUUGCCUGGUUUUGGUAUGCUGGUGCCUCAUCCUCCCAACAAACCUCCAGAUCCCAAGCCUCCAGCUCUGACUCACAGGUGCAAACUCCCUUCAAUCAGAAGACGCUCUCUGAAUGAACAGAAGGGCAUCUACUCAGAUAUCAUCACUACAUUCAAGUUCCAGUCUUGCACAGCGGGACCUGAUAUGCAAGGAGGGUCACAGGGCCGAUCCCACAUUGAGGUCAGUGAUGCCAACCCAAGAAAAGCUUCAGCCUUCAGGAUUCCAUCUGACCAGUGCUAUCUUGUUGAAAAGAAUAGUCCUGCACCCACCCCAUGGUACUCAGAGACUUCUUACUUCUGCCGGCGUGGAGAUAUACCAAAGGUCCAGGUGCCUUUCCAAACCAUUCCUGGCCAGAUCCCUCACAAGUUAGCAGUAGAAAGAUGUCGAAGGGAAUACUUGAAGCUAGACUUUGAACAGCUCCUCUUAGAAAAAAACAUAAAUUCUAAUCUCCUGAUGCCAAGACAUCAGUGCAGUAGUGAUGAGCAUGCAAUUACUGCACCAGACAAUCCUGUGUCACCCUACCUCCCCCUCGAGAUAUUUGACAAUGAGGAGUAUGAUUGCCGGACGCCAGGGGACUGGCUUGCCCUGGGCUAUGAGGAACAAUCACAUGUUCGAAAACCUAUUCCUGCAAAAGCGCUGCUGCCUGCAGAUGAUAAAAUUCCUCCUGAGGACUCUGAAAGUUCCUCCAUGGAGUACAGCUGGCAUUUUGUUGGGGUUCUCGAUUAUUGUAAGGAAAAAUGUCAGUACCUGGUCCAGAAGGUCCAACAAAACACGAAACUGAUAGAUGAAAAGGGAAAUCAAACCAAAGAACACAAAAAGAAGAAAAGUCCUGGAGUGAACACUGUGCUAGCAGGCACUAAGUACUGGGUACCGAGAAUCAGAUUGUUAUUCUGUGCUGAGGAUCCACGUGUCUUUGUUGAAAGGAUCCAGUUUGCCCUGCACUGGAGAGACAAAACAGAAGCUCUGCUGCUGUAUCAUUUGUCUGUGGAUUGCAUGCCAAUCUGGAUGGGAACACCAUCUCUUGAUAUCCACAGUCUCCAGCGCAUCAAAAGACGUGCCCUUUCAGCCUGUGGGCUCAGGCAGAAAAUUCUGGAGAAGUGUAUAGGGGACCUGGAAAAGGAGGUCAAACUUGAAUAUGACCGUACUAUGAACCGCAUGAGCUUUGACAAAGUAGUGAUGAGCCACCCAGAGGAGUUUUCACACAUCACCCUGCCACAAAAGGAACCUGAGUACGUGCCAGAAAAAGGAUGUGUUCCCAUUCUUCACUUUUCUUACGAUGAGAACCAAGCUGCUUUCGUCUCCCGUUCCCUCCUAAGAAAACCAGAAGUUAUCUGUGUGUUAUCUGAAAUAUGGUCUGAGUGCAACAAAGUAGCAACCAUGAGACUAUUCAGUGUCACCUUGAGUAAACCACUGAGACUGGACGAGUUUGAGGACAGCCAGUCUCAAUUACAUACCCAGAUAAACUUGUUUCUUAGAGAGGCAUGGGCAGCCUCAUUGAGCAACAUCAUCCGUUCCAACCUGGAGCAUAGUGGGCCGGGCUGGUACAAUGUGAAUGAAUCUCGCUGGGACAUUUACAAGAUUUCCAAGCUGUACAAACUGAUGGCUGUGGUGCGCUUCAACCUGCAGGACUCCCUGCGCUUCCUCGUGCAGGAUUCACUGGCCAGUCUGACUCAGCUGCUGUUGGACGCCUGCCACAGUGUGAUGACAUGUCGUCAGGAUAUGGUCUGGGGAAACAACCUCCUCACUAGCCCCUACAAGCCAAAGGGGAACCCUCUGUUCCUGGUGUACUUGGUUCUGGAUCAGACCGGGGUACAUUACAGCACUCCUCUGGAGGAUUUUGAGACAUCUAUCAUUAAUCUGUUUGAUAGGGGCAUUAUGGCCACAUACCACGUACCACAGCUUGAAAAGUUAGUGAUGCAGAAGCUUUUUAUCGGUGGUGAUCACUUCCUCGAAUCAGUGAAUUUGUGGGAACCGGAAGUACGCGAGCUGAGAGAGAAGAUCCGCAUUGCUCUGAUACAAGCUGCCAUACCUCUCAGAUCCUAUGCUGCUGAAUAUGAAAAAUUCUUGGAGUUACAGAACUCGGACGUAGAAACUAUUCUCAAAUCUCGUACACAUGCAGAACAGACAUCCCAAGAGGUGAAGAAGGAGGUGGAACAACAUCUCAAAGAAAAAGAAAGGCUUGAAAGCUCCCUGCCAUCCUCCAUUGUCAUUGGUCCAUUUAUGGUUCGUGUGGAGGCUGUUCGUCAGGCUCUCUCUAACAAACGAAAGGCUUUAGCCAAAGCAACGCUGUACCAUCUCACUCUGAAGCUACGCAAGCAAAUUGAUGAUGCAUGUGAAGAGUGGAACAUAAUAAGUAGAAAGCUGGGUGAGAAGUCAAAAAGCAUUGAGGAACUGACCGAAAAGAAGGACUGGAUGAAGCAAAUCCCUGACCAGAUCAAGAGUUACAAGGAAGUUCUUGGCAAGAUGCUGGCAGACUAUGAGCUAAUAGAAGAAUUUUGCUACUGUCUAUCAGAUGAGGAUAUGAAUAAAAAGUGGAUAGCUAUUGGAUGGCCUCAUAGGAUAAUAAGUCAGAUGGAGGCAGUAGCUGUUCAGCAUGUGGAGGAAGAGGAGUGCUUCCGUAAGAUUCAGCUGGUCAACCAGAACAACUUUGAGGAUCAGAUUGACUCUCUACAGAUUCUGGUUGCGGGGUUUGCGGGCCAUGCAGACAUUGAUCAUGCCCAUGAAGUGGCCAGUGAGGUCCGGCAUACAACUGAGCACCUUAAGGAGUGCCAGAUAAUGGCUCAAACCUACAACACCAGAGAGCGUCUGUUUGGUAUUCCUGUCACUAAUUAUAAUCGUCUGCAGAAGCUGAUAAAAGACUUCCAGCCUUUUAAAGACCUAUGGACCACCACUUCUGAUUGGCUAUGUUGGCAUGAGAGCUGGCUCAAUGACCCACUGUCCUGUAUUGACCCUGAGCAGCUUGAGCGCAAUGUUGCAGAUGCCCACAAGACCAUGCACAAAUGUGUUAAACAGUUCCAGGACAUUCCUGAUUGCCAGGUGGUGGCAACUGUCAUCCGCAGCAAGAUUGAAGACUUCCGCUCUUACAUUCCUCUGAUUCAGGGCUUGAGGAACCCAGGGAUGAGGAGUCGCCACUGGGACAUGCUCUCAGAACGCAUUCAGAUGAAAGUAAAACCCAAAGCCAACCUGACCUUCUCACGCUGCCUGGAGCUUGGCCUACAGAAUCAUGUGAAUGACAUAGCUCGUGUGGCUGAGGUGGCUGGGAAAGAGUACACCAUUGAACAGGCCCUGGAAAAGAUGGAGCAAGAGUGGUCCGCAGUAGUGUUUGAUGUGUUGCCUUACAAGGAGACAGGCACCUACAUCUUGAAGAGCCCAGAUGAAGCGACCCAGUUGCUGGACGACCACAUUGUCAUGACGCAGAGCAUGUCCUUCUCUCCCUUCAAAAAAACCUUUGAGGGCCGCAUCAACGCAUGGGAGAGCAAGCUCAAAAUGACUCAAGAUGUGCUGGAGGAGUGGUUGAUGUGCCAGCGCUCCUGGCUCUACUUGGAGCCCAUCUUUAGCUCUGAUGAUAUCAACCAGCAGCUGCCUGUGGAAGGAAAAAGAUACCAGCAAAUGGAGCAAACAUGGAGGAGAGUCAUGAAAAGUGCCUUUAAUAAUAGAAAGGUGAUUGAGCUGUGUUCAGAUGCUCGUCUACUAAACAAACUGAAAGAAUGCAAUGCACUCUUGGAGCAGGUGCAGAAGGGUCUCAGUGACUACUUGGAGACAAAACGAGGAUCCUUCCCCAGGUUUUACUUCUUGUCAGAUGAUGAGCUUCUUGAGAUUCUGUCCCAGACCAAAGAUCCUACUGCUGUACAACCACACUUGCGCAAAUGCUUUGAGAACAUUGCACAGCUGCAAUUCCAGUCAGAUCUACAGAUCACACACAUGUACUCUGGAGAGGGGGAGGAGGUGAAGCUGUUCCUGCCGGUGUGGCCUACAGGAAAUGUGGAGGACUGGCUCAGGGAUGUGGAGGAAUCCAUGAAGGCCACUCUGAGGGAUAACAUUGACCGCUCACUCAAAGUCUAUCCUGAGCAACCUCGGGUAGAGUGGGUGCUAUCGUGGCCUGGUCAAGUGGUGAUAGCUGGCUGUCAGGUCUUCUGGACUGCUGAGGUGUCUGAGGCUUUGGAGCAGGGAGAUUUGGCCAACCGCCUUUAUCCCCAACUACAGACACAGCUGGGUGACUUGGUGCAGCUGGUGAGAGGACGUCUGUCUAAGAUGCAGCGAGCUGUGUUGUCAGCCCUUAUUGUCAUAGAGGUCCAUGCUAAAGAUGUUGUAGCCAAUCUGGUGGAGCAGGAGGUGUCAAGCAUUAAUGACUUUGAGUGGAUCAGCCAGCUCAGAUAUUACUGGGCAAAGGAUGACUUGUACAUCCGAGCAGUGAACGCAGAGUUUUUGUAUGGAUAUGAGUACCUUGGUAAUUCCGGACGUCUGGUCAUCACCCCGCUCACUGACAGAUGCUACCUGACCCUAACAGGUGCUUUGCACCUUAAGUUUGGAGGUGCUCCUGCAGGUCCAGCAGGAACAGGAAAGACAGAAACCACGAAAGAUCUGGGAAAGGCUCUGGCUAUCCAGACAGUUGUUUUUAACUGCUCUGAUCAACUGGACUUCAUAGCUAUGGGCAAGUUUCUGAAAGGACUUGCCAGCUCUGGGGCCUGGGCAUGUUUUGAUGAGUUUAAUCGUAUUGAUGUGGAAGUUUUGUCUGUGGUGGCACAACAGAUCACCACUAUACAAAAGGCCCAACAGCAGAGGGCAGAGCGGUUUGUGUUUGAGGGGACAGAGAUUCCUCUUGUUCCUUCUUGUGCCGUAUUCAUCACGAUGAAUCCUGGUUACGCUGGACGCACCGAACUGCCUGACAAUCUCAAGGCCUUGUUUCGUCCUGUGGCCAUGAUGGUUCCUGACUAUGCGAUGAUAGCUGAGAUCUCAUUGUAUUCAUUUGGCUUCAGUGAUGCGAAAGUCCUCUCCAAGAAGAUCACCACCACGUUCAAGCUCUCCUCUGAACAGCUUAGCUCUCAGGAUCAUUAUGAUUUUGGCAUGAGAGCUGUGAAGACUGUGAUCUCAGCUGCUGGAAACCUGAAGAGAGAAAAUCCUGACAUGAAUGAGGAGCUGAUCUGCCUACGGGCCAUUCUAGAUGUCAAUGUGCCAAAGUUUUUACAAGAUGACCUGAAGCUCUUCAAUGGUAUUGUCUCUGAUCUUUUCCCUAAGACAAAGCAGGAGCCAAUCAACUAUGGUGCACUUGAAGAGUCCAUGCGUAAUGUUUGUGCUGAAAAGAACCUCAAAGAUGUGGAUGGGUAUAUUAGUAAGUGUGUUCAGCUCUAUGAGACCACUGUGGUGCGACAUGGCCUGAUGUUGGUGGGACCCUCUGGAUCGGGCAAAACCAAGUGUUACGAGGUUCUAGGUGCAGCAAUAACUGCUCUGAAGGGUCAGCCCUCUGUGAGUGGUGGUGUGUAUGAAGCGGUUCAGAUAUAUGUCCUCAACCCCAAGUCUAUCACCAUGGGACAGCUCUACGGGGAGUAUGACUUGCUCACACAUGAGUGGACAGAUGGUAUCCUCUCAUCUCUUAUCCGCGGAGGUGCAGCAUCCAUGGACAAAGAGAAAAAGUGGUACAUGUUUGAUGGGCCAGUGGAUGCUGUAUGGAUUGAGAACAUGAACACUGUGCUGGAUGACAACAAGAAACUGUGCCUGAGCUCUGGGGAAAUCAUCAAGCUCACCGAUGUCAUGACCAUGAUGUUUGAGGUCCAAGACUUGGCUGUGGCAUCUCCGGCCACAGUGUCUCGCUGCGGUAUGGUAUACCUGGAGCCCAGUAUUCUGGGCCUCGUCCCUUUCACAGAGUGUUGGCUGAAGCGCAUCCCUGAAGCCCUGAAACCGUACACGAAGCAGCUUGAGUCGCUGUUUGCCAGAUUCCUACAGGACUCCAUCACAUUUGUCCGCACAUCAGUAAAGGAGGUCAUUGCAUCCCUGGACAGCAACCUCUCCUGCAGUCUGCUUAAACUUAUGGACUGCUUCUUCAAUCCAUUUGAUGUUAAAGAGGGUGAGAAGCCACCGUCUCAAAAGAAACUGGACCGUCUGAGUGAGCUGAUUGAGCCCUGGUUCUUUUUCUCUCUGGUAUGGAGUGUAGGUGGCACAGGAGAAGCAGCCAGUCGUAAGCUCUUCAGUGUUUGGCUCAAGAACAAAAUGGCAGAAGAAAAGAUUCAGUUAUGCUUUCCAGAGGAGGCCCUCGUAUAUGACUACAGGCUUGAUGAUGCAGGGAUUAGUAAUUUGGAGGAUGACGAUGAAGACGAGGAAAGAAAAGUCCAGUGGGUCAGCUGGAUGAAUUCUGCACAGAGCGUUGUGAUCACCCCAGAGACAAAUUAUGCUGACAUCAUUGUUCCCACUGCUGACACAGUGAGAAUGUCCUUCCUCAUGGAUCUGCUUUUGACCAAUAAAAAGCCUGUGCUCUGCAUUGGGCCAACUGGGACAGGAAAGACCCUGACCAUGUCAGACAAGCUGCUGAAGAACAUGCCUGCUGAGUACAUCACACACUUCCUCAUGUUCUCUGCUCGCACUUCAGCCAACCAGACUCAAGAUUACGUUGACAGUAAACUAGAUAAAAGGCGGAAAGGUGUGUUUGGACCUCCAAUUGGGAAGCAUUUCAUCUUCUUCAUUGAUGAUCUAAACAUGCCAAUGUUGGAGACCUAUGGUGCUCAGCCUCCUAUUGAGCUGCUGAGGCAGUGGAUGGACCAUGGAGGCUGGUACGACAGGAAACAGAUAGGUACAUUCAAGCACAUAGUGGACAUCAAUUUUGCUUGUGCCAUGGGACCCCCGGGUGGAGGUCGGAACCCCAUCACCCAGCGCUUCACACGCCACUUCAACUUCUUGUCCUUCACUGAAAUGGAGGAUACCAGCAAGAAAAAGAUUUUUUCCACCAUUCUGGGCAGUUGGAUGGAUGGAAAUAUGAGUAAAAAGGAGCCAGGCAGACCUGUGCCAGCUAUCCAGCCAAUGAAUGAGUCUCUUGUAGACGCUACUAUCCGAGUCUAUUCUACCAUUACCUCUCAGCUCCUCCCAACACCAACCAAGUCCCAUUAUACCUUCAACCUCAGAGACCUAUCCAAAGUCUUCCAGGGCAUUCUCAUGGCUGAGGCUGGAAUGAUUGAGGACAAAUUGCAGCUGCUGCAGCUGUGGUACCAUGAAAACUGCCGGGUUUUCCAAGACCGCCUGGUGUGUGCUGAGGACAGGGACUGGUUCAACAGGCUCCUGAAGGACUGCAUCCAGGAGUUUGACUGCACCUUUGAAGAAGUUGUCCCCUGCCAACCUGUUUUAUAUGGAGAUUUUAUGAUUCCUGGAGCUGACCACAAAGUCUACACAACCAUACAAGACAAGGAAAAGUUGGUUAAAGUCAUGGAGGAAUACAUGGAAGACUACAACCAGAUCAGUACCGCCAAGAUGAAGCUGGUGCUCUUCAUGGAUGCCAUUGAGCAUGUGUGUCGCAUCAGCCGCAUCCUGCGCCAGCCCCUGGGCAACGCUCUGCUGCUCGGAGUGGGGGGAAGCGGUCGCCAGUCACUCACUAAGCUGGCCUCGUAUAUGUCAGAUUAUGAGUGUUUCCAGAUUGAGCUGGCUAAGAACUAUGGUCAGACAGAGUGGAGAGAAGAUAUUAAAAGCAUCAUGCUCAAGGCAGGUCUUCAGAACCAGCAAAUCACCUUCCUCUUUGUAGACACACAGAUUAAGAGUGAGUCCUUCCUGGAGGAUAUCAACAACAUUUUGAACUCCGGAGAUGUUCCCAACCUGUAUGCAACAGAUGAGCAGGAGCGCAUCAUGACAGCUAUGAAGCCAGUGGUGCAAGACCUGGGCCAGCAGCCAACUAAAACCAAUCUUAUGGCUGCCUACAUCAGGAGGGUCCGCAGCAACAUCCACACUGUACUCUGCAUGAGUCCUAUCGGUGAGGUGUUUCGUGCACGGUUGAGACAGUUUCCCUCGCUGGUCACAUGUUGUACCAUAGACUGGUUCAAUGCCUGGCCAGAAGAGGCUCUGCAGGCCGUGGCUACUUCAUUUCUUAAUGAGCUGCCUGAGCUGGAAGCCAGCCCCACAGCCAUAAAGGGACUGACAAUGAUGUGUGUGAAGAUCCACCAGAUGGUAGCCAUAAAGUGUGAACAGUACCUGGCUGAGCUUUCUCGACACAACUAUGUCACACCGAAGAGUUACCUCGAAUUGCUCAAAAUUUUCUCAAAUCUCACUGGAUGCAAGAAGCAAGAACUUUGCAGUGCUCGUCAGCGCAUGAAGACUGGCCUGGACAAGCUUCUUAGCACAGCAGAGGAUGUGAGUAAGAUGCAAGAGGAGCUUGAGACAAUGAGACCUCUUCUAGAGGAGGCUACUAAGGACACUGAAGUCACUAUGGAGACCAUCAAAAAAGACACAAUGGUAGCAGAGGAGACCCGGAAGUCUGUGCAGGAAGAGGAGGCCAAAGCUUCAGAGAAAGCCCGUUUUGCAGGCGCCAUUGCAGCAGAUGCCCAGAGAGACUUGGAUGAGGCUCUGCCUGCCCUGGAUGCUGCCCUCGCCAGCCUCAAGUCACUCAACAAGAAUGAUGUCACUGAGGUGCGAGGCAUGCAGCGACCUCCCCCAGGGGUGAAAAUGGUUAUGGAGGCAGUCUGUAUUAUGAAGGGCAUCAAGCCCAAAAAGGUACCUGGUGAGAAGCCUGGUACCAAGAUAGAUGACUACUGGGAACCUGGUAAGGGUCUGCUACAAGACCCUGGCAAGUUUCUUGAGAGCCUCUUCAAGUAUGAUAAGGACAAUAUCCCAGACAGUGUGAUCAGUUUAGUCCAGCCCUACAUAGAUAACGAGGAGUUCCAGCCAGCCUCCAUUGCCAAGGUUUCCAAAGCCUGUACCUCCAUUUGCCAGUGGGUGCGAGCUAUGCACGUGUAUCACUUUGUGGCCAAGGCCGUGGCCCCUAAAAGGCAAGCUCUCCAGGAGGCCCGGGAAGACUUAGCGGUGACCCAGCGCAUCCUGGAUGAUGCCAAAGAAAAACUGGCAGCAGUUGAGGCCGGCAUCGCCUCUUUGCAGGCCAAGUAUCAGGACUGUCUGGCUAAGAAAGAGGAGCUGGACAAGAAGUAUCAGCUGUGUGAGACCCGCCUUGUCCGAGCAGACAAGCUCAUAGGUGGACUGGCGGAUGAGAAGGUGCGUUGGAAAGAAACAGUGCAGCAUUUGGAUUACAUGGUCAAUAAUGUGGCAGGUGAUGUGCUUCUGUCUGCAGCUUACAUUGCGUACCUGGGACCCUUCACUGGGGAAUACAGAGCAGCCAUGGCACGGGAGUGGCUGCAUUGUUUCAAAGAGCUAAAUGUUCCACAUACUGACGAACCAAACCUGAUCAACACCCUUGGAGAUCCAGUCAAGAUCCGCUCCUGGCAGAUAUCAGGUUUACCCAAGGAUAACCUUUCGGUGGAGAAUGGUGUGAUUGCCCAGUACUCUUUGCGCUGGCCUCUCUUCAUUGAUCCUCAGGGACAAGCCAACACUUGGAUCAAAAACAUGGAACGGGACAAUGGAUUGGAGGCCAUGAAGCUAAGUGACCGGGACUUUCUGCGCAGCCUUGAGAAUGCCAUUCGCUUUGGUAAACCCUGCCUCUUGGAGAAUGUAGGAGAGGAGUUGGAUCCUGCCCUAGAACCUGUCUUGUUGCAACAGACAUUUAAGCAGCAAGGCAGCACAAUGCUGAAACUGGGAGAUUCAGUCAUCCCUUACCAUGAAGCCUUCAGAAUGUACAUCACCACCAAGCUGCCUAAUCCACACUACUCUCCAGAGGUCUCCACCAACGUCACACUUAUAAACUUCACCCUUUCGCCCAGUGGUCUGGAGGACCAGUUGCUCGGUCAGGUGGUGGCUGAGGAACGUCCAGACCUGGAGGAGGCGAAGAACCAGCUGAUCAUCAGCAACGCCAAGAUGAAACAGGACCUAAAAGAAAUUGAGGAUGAGAUUCUGUUUCGACUCAGUUCUACAGAGGGAAACCCUGUGGACAACGAAGAACUUAUCCAAGUGCUGGAGGCUUCCAAAAUAAAGGCUGGAGAGAUUAAGGUCAAAGUGAUGGCGGCAGAGCAGACAGAGCAGGACAUUGACGCCACCCGUUUGGAGUACGUGCCUGUGGCUGUACGCACACAAAUCCUCUUCUUCUGUGUAUCUGAUCUGUCCGGUGUUGACCCCAUGUACCAGUACUCACUGGAGUGGUUCCUUGGCAUCUUCAUGGCUGGCAUUGCUAACUCUGAGAGAGCAGACACAGUGGAAAAGAGAAUCGCCAACAUCAAUGAAUAUUUCACCUUCAGCCUGUACAGCAACGUGUGCCGCAGCUUGUUUGAGAAGCACAAGCUCAUGUUUGCCUUCCUCCUAUGCGCACGCAUCAUGAUGAAUGACACCAAAAUUGAUAUGGCUGAGUGGCGCUACCUUCUAUCUGGAGGGAUGCCUGUCCAAGAGCUGAUCAACCCAGCAGUCAGCUGGCUGUCUGAGCGUGCCUGGCAGGACAUCCUGGGCCUCAGCGCUCUGGACAAUUUCAGCAACCUGGCGGAGAGCUUCACUGAACAUCUGCAUGGUUUCAAAGCAAUUUUUGAUAGCAACCAGCCUCACAGGGAGCCUCUCCCAGGAGAGUGGGACACAAAGCUGGACUCAUUCCAGAAGCUGUUGGUCCUGCGCUGUCUGAGGGCUGACUGUCUCGUUCAAGGCCUGCAGGACUUUGUCUCAGCUCAGCUGGGACAGCGCUUCAUAGAACCUCAGACGUCAGACCUGUCUGUCGUCUUCAAGGAGUCGUCCCUCUCCACUCCCCUCAUCUUUGUCCUGUCCCCUGGCACUGACCCUGCUGCUGACCUCUACAAGUUUGCUGACGUCAUGCAGUUUUCAAAGAAAAUGAGUGCCAUCUCUUUGGGCCAAGGCCAGGGCCCCUGGGCUGAGACCAUGAUGCACUCUGCCAUGGAAAGAGGUCAUUGGGUCUUCUUCCAGAACUGUCACCUGGCGCCCAGCUGGAUGCCUGCCCUGGAGAGACUUAUUGAGAACAUCGACCCAGCAAAGGUGCACAGGGACUUUCGCCUGUGGCUCACAAGUCUUCCCAGCAACAGGUUCCCAGUUUCCAUUCUUCAGAAUGGGUCAAAGAUGACCAUUGAGCCCCCCAGGGGAAUCAAGGCCAAUCUACAGAAAACCUACCUGAGACUCACCAAUGAUUUUAUCUCCUCUUCCACCAAGAUGACACACUUCAAGUCUUUGCUCCUGUCUCUGUGUCUCUUCCAUGGAAUUGCUCUGGAGCGAAGGAAGUUUGGCCCACUGGGCUUUAACAUUCCCUACGAGUUCACCGACGGAGACCUGAACAUCUGUAUCAGCCAACUCAAAAUGUUCCUGGACGAGUACCAGCAGAUCCCCUACAAGGUGCUCAGAUACACUGCAGGGGAGAUUAAUUAUGGCGGCCGUGUGACAGAUGAUUGGGACAGACGAUGUCUGCUCAGUGUGCUGGAGGACUUCUACUGUCCCGCUGUGCUUAUUGAUGAUCAUGUCUACUCUUCGUCUGGAGUCUACCGGCAGAUAGACACAAAUCUGGAUAUCAAGGGUUACUUGGCAUACAUACGUGGUUUGCCCAUCAAUGAUACACCUGAGAUCUUUGGUCUCCAUGACAACGCUAACAUCAGCUUUGCCCAGAAUGAGACCUUCGCCCUGCUGGGAGCCGUGGCUCGUCUGCAGCCUCGAGCUGCAUCUGCUGGGGGAAAAAGUCUGGAGGAGAUAGUAGAGGAGAUAGUGGCAGGCAUCGUCGAAAAGAUUCCUCAGCCUUUCUGUGUUCAGGAGCUGAUGGAAAAGUUCCCAGUCCUCUACGAAGAGUCCAUGAACACAGUGCUCAUCCAGGAGGCCAUCAGAUAUAACACGUUGCUGGUGGUCAUCUCUCAGAGUCUCUGUGAUAUUGUGAAGGCUCUGAAGGGUCUAGUGGUGAUGUCAUCAGAACUGGAGCUUAUGGCCAACAGUCUGUUCAACAACGUGGUGCCUGAUAUGUGGAAAGCCAAGGCCUACCCGUCUCUGAAGCCCCUGGCCUCCUGGGUGUCAGACCUGCUUCAGAGGAUCAAUUUUCUGCAGAGAUGGAUCUCUAAUGGAAUUCCACCCGUGUUCUGGAUUAGCGGCUUCUUUUUCCCCCAGGCUUUUCUCACUGGCACCCUCCAGAAUUACGCCCGUCGCUCCGGCACCUCCAUCGACACAAUUGGACUGGACUUUGAGGUAAUAGUGAAGUCAGUGUCGGAGAUAACAGAGAAACCAAACGCGGGCUGCUACAUUCAUGGUCUAUUCCUGGAAGGGGCUCGAUGGGAUACCGAGGCAGGUCAGCUCACAGAGUCCAGGCCCAAGGAGCUCUACACAGAAAUGGCUGUCAUCUGGCUGAUCCCCAAACCCAACCGAAAACCUCCAACCUCUGGUGUCUAUGUCUGCCCCAUCUACAAGACCCUCACACGUGCUGGGACUCUGUCUACAACCGGUCAUUCCACCAACUAUGUGAUUGCUGUGGAGCUGCCCACAGAUCACAGUCAGAGACACUGGAUCAAACGAGGAGUCGCCCUCAUCUGUGCGCUGGACUACUAACUACUGUCGCACACGCUUUUUCAUAGACAAGACAGAAAACACCUGUUUGUGCAGUAUGUUUGUUUCACAGCCCACAACGAUGAUGACUGCAGUUGCUGUGGUCGCUGAGACAGAAUCAAACACAGACACUGACAUAAAUGAUCUCAAUGAAAGCCUCCUUUAGUCUGUGCAAUAAACAGUUUUUCUCCGUGCCAUGUUAGUGUAAUAUUGUUAUGUAAGAUUAUUGAGAUUAGAGAUCCUGCUCCUGUUUCA